AUGAGCCAUACUUUCAAUGGCCAAAGAGGAUGGGGGAAACCCGACAAAACGCAACCAAAAUCUUCAUUACCAGUACCACCAGAACGAGGGCACACUACCGAGGAUUGUAAGGCUUUGUGGAGCCACUUGGAGCAAUUAGUUAAUGUGGGAAAGUUGAAACAAUUCCUGUAUCAACCCAACAGACAAGGUGGUCAAGGAGGGUCGGGGGCUCAGAGAGAUUCUUUUGCAAGACCGCCUUUUGGUACAAUUAGUGUCAUACUUGCUGCUCCAGGAAGGAUUAGUUCUCAGCCAUCCAGGGUGAUGUCUGUAGCUCGGGCAUCUGUUGAUGACUCAUCCCCUGAUCCGAAGAGGAGUAGAAUGGAAGUCCAACCGACUUUGAGCUUUUCAGAUAAGGAUAAGGUCGGGACCUUGCAGCCACAUGAUGAUGCCCUAGUGGUCACCCUUAAGAUAGGUGGUUACGAUGUGAAGAGAGUAUUGGUAGAUCAAGGCAGUGGCGUAGAGAUCAUGUACCCUGACCUAUUUAAGGGACUGAAGCUGAGGUCCGAAGACCUGACCUGCUAUGAUUCCCUUCUAAUAAGGUUUAACGGGAAGAAUGUCUUUCCAAAAGGCCAAAUCUAA